AUGACCACUUUACAGCGAUUGUAUGGACGACAGGAAGUUAUAAUUAAUGCUUUGCUGAAGCAACUACGCAAUGUACCAGCGCCAAGGGCGGAUGAUUUGAAAACGUUGAUCAGAUAUGGUAUGGCUGUACAAAAUUUGGUCGAGCAUAUGAUUGUUGCGGAACAACAACAUCAUUUGUCGAAUCCCAUGCUGCUCUACGAGUUGGUGGAAAGAUUGCCGCCUAAUUUUAAGCUUGAAUGGGCGAACUACAAGCGAACAAGGUUAGAAGUGAACCUGGUCAUUUUCGCUGAGUUUAUGACAGACUUGGUAGCGAUGGCAAGCGAUGUGACGAUGUAUGUUGAUCCAAUGAAUGCAACAUCUACCAAGCUGGAUAAGAAUAAACGUGAUAAGCAUCCGAGGGAAAAGUUAUUCGUUCACCAUACGGAAACAAGUGCGAACCAGACUGGCAAAGUAAAAGAAACUUCGACAGAAUUUACACCAGUGAAAACCUGCACUUAUUGGAAUAGUAAAUCUGGUUCUUCAAAAUCAUCAGACAAUAUAAGUAACAUCGCGCACCAAAAUCACCAUUUCAUGAAAGUAUGUUCUCUGCUGCGUUAUAUACCGAUUACACUCUACGCAAAUGGUAUAGAGGCGAGACUGUUCGCUUUUCUUGAUGACGGAUCGACAUCGACUAUAAUUGAAGCUGAGGUGGCUGAACAACUUGGAGUGGUAGAACCAGAAGAACCACUUCAUCUCUGCUGGACAGGUGAUGUGAUGAGAGUCGAAGAGAAGUCACAACGCAUCCAGUUGAAUAUUUCCGGAACUGAUAUGAAACAGCAGUACCCUUUGACUAACGUACGAACGGUGAAGCACCUCAAGCUUCCAAGCCAGACGUUGAAUAUUGACGAAAUAUGUAACACACACCAAUACCUCAAAGGUUUGCCUAUAACAAGCUACUUCGAUGUUAGACCAAAAAUUAUUAUUGGGGUCGAUAACGCGACAUUAAUUAGUACACUGAAGCUAAGGGAAGGAAGUAAGGAAGGUCUCAUAGCCUCUAAAACCCGACUUGGUUGGGGCAUCUACGGUCGACAUUCGGGAUCGGAAGAUUCAGUACACCUUCAUCUACACUCAGUACAAGAAACACGAGUCCCUGACAAUGCAACGUUGCACGAUCUCAUGAGGCAGUUCUUCAACAUAGAAGAGUCCUGUGUCACUACGAAACCUGAAUCAGAAAAAAACAAGCGAGCAACAGAAAUUCUCGAACAAACAACUGUUCGCGUUCCAACUGGCUAUGAAGUCGGUCUACUCUGGAAUCAGGAUGAGUACAAACUACCCAACACGUAUCCGCUUGCGCUUCGUCGUCUGAAGUGCUUGGAAAAGCGAUUAUUGCGCAAUCCCCACUUGUAUGCCAAGGUACGAGAAAUAAUAGAAAACUACGUCGAGAAAGGCUACGCUCAUCGUGCAUCGAAAUUGGAAUUGGAGUUAACAGACGAUCGGAAAACCUGGUACUUGCCACUUGGAGUGGUACAAAAUCCCAAAAAACCGAACAAGGUGCGCUUAAUUUGGGAUGCGGCAGCAGCUGUGGAAGGUCUGAGUUUUAAUGACCUUGUGCUGAAAGGUCCAGAUAUGAUGGCUUCGCUCAUCGCCGUUCUAAUCAAGUUUCGAGAGAGAAAUGUAGCGAUCGGUGGAGAUUUGCGUGAAAUGUUUCACCAAAUUAUGAUUCGUGCAGAAGAUAGACAGUUCCUCCGUUUUUAUGGAGAGAUCACCCGGAAGAUUCGCCGCAAGUCACAGUUCGUGAAGAACAAAAAUGCGGAGGAGUUCUCGGAGGAGUUUCCACGAGCAGCCAAGGCAGUCAUCGACAACCACUAUGUAGAUGACUAUCUCGACAGUGUGGAUACGGCGGUAGAGGCGUAG